AGGCAGUAGUGUUCUAUAAUCUAUAUUUACAUACUAGUCUUGAGAAAGAAAUUCCAAUAAGUUUGAUAUAUGAUGUAUAACUAUUUACCACUAAUUGGUUCAAUUCCAUUCCUAGACAGAAAUGAUACGACAUACUAAUCUCAUUCCUUCUGAAUAAAUCAAUCAAACACUCAAUUUCUUCCAAUCAUGACAAUCUUAACCAAACAAUUACAUACUAAAUGUUGUCCAAAAUUCAAAAACACCUUCAUCAGACCCAUAACAACACCAACAUGCACACAAAUUCCCUCUUUCAACAAUACCACCGACUAUAUCUACUUUAACAAUCGCCAAAUCAACGCUUUCAUAAAAUCGAAGGACACAAAAUCAGCACUUGAAGUGUUCCACAACAUGCAUAUGCGUGACACUGUAACCUAUAACUUGAUCAUUUCAUCCUCUUGUUUGCCACCCAAGAAAGCUUUUCAUCUCUAUUCCCAAAUGGGUUUGUAUGGAAUAAAAGAAACGUCAACUACGUUUGCUUCUGUUGUAUCUCUUUGUACAAAUUCUGGGUUUUGUAGAGAAGGUUCUCAGGUUCAUUGCAGGGUUGUAAAGUUUGGAUUUUUAUGGAAUGUGUUUGUUGGUGGGGCACUUGUUGGGUUCUAUAUGAAUUUUGGUCUAAAAGGGGUUGCACUGAAACUGUUUGAUGAGUUGCCUGAGAGAAAUUUGAGUGUUUGGAAUGUGAUGUUUCGUGGGUUUUGUGAAAUGGGUUGUGUGGUUGAAGAGUUGCUUGGGUUUUACUCUAGGAUGUGUUUUGAAGGUGUGGUGCCAAAUGGAGUUACUUUUUGUUAUUUGCUUAGAGGGUGUAGUGUUCAAAGAAGGUUUCAUGAAGGGAAGAUGCUUCAAGGGUUUGUUUUGAAGGUGGGUCUGGUGGAAUCUAAUGUUUUUGUUGUUAAUGCUUUGGUCGAUUUUUACUCUGCAUGUGGGUGUUUUGUUGGUGCUAGGAAGUGUUUUGAAGAGAUACAAGUUGAGGAUGUUAUUUCAUGGAACUCUUUGGUUUCUGUUUAUGCAGACAAUGAUUUGGUAGUUGAUGCUUUGGAGUUUUUUAAUGUUAUGCAAAUGUGGGGACAUAGGCCGUCGGUUCAUACGUUCGUCAGUUUCUUGAAUUUGUGUAGUAGGACUAAGGAUAUUGGUUUGGGGAAGCAGAUUCAUUCUUGUGUUAUGAAAUUGGGUUUUGAUGAAAUGAGUGUGCAUGUUCAGUCUGCUUUGAUUGAUAUGUAUGGAAAAUGUUGGGAUAUUGAGAGUUCUGUGGCUGUAUUUGAGUGUCUUCCAAAGAGAACUUUGGAGUGUUGCAAUUCAUUGAUGACCUCUUUGUCUCAUUGUGGUGGAAUUGAAGAUGUGGUGGAAUUGUUUGGUUUAAUGGUUGAUGAAGGUCUUAUGCCGGAUGAAGUAACCCUUUCGACCACAUUGAAGGCAUCAGUGUCUGCUUCGGCAAGCUUCACUAGCUCUCAGUUACUGCAUUGUUUUGCGUUGAAAUCCGGUGUUGAAGGAGACUCUGCGGUUGCGUGUUCCCUUAUGGAUGCAUAUUCAAGAUGCGGUCAUGUGGAACUUUCUCGUCGGAUUUUUGAGAACAUUCCAACUCCAAAUGCUUUUUGCUUCACUUCUAUGAUCAAUGGUUACGCCUGGAACGGAAUGGGGAAAGAAGGACUUUCGAUUCUUCAUGCUAUGAUUGAGAAAGGCAUAAAACCGGACAAAGUUACCUUCUUAUGCGUGUUAACGGGGUGUAGUCAUACAGGACUAGUUGAGGAAGGAAGAAUAGUCUUUAACUCGAUGAUAUCUUUUCAUAAGAUUCACCCAGAUCGGCGACAUUUUUCAUGUAUGGUGGAUCUUUUAUGCCGUGCAGGACUUCUACACGAAGCCGAAGAGUUUCUGCUAAAUGCACAGGGAAAAGGAGACUGUUUUAUGUGGAGCUCUUUGCUCCAAAGUUGCAGGAUUCACAAGAAUGAAGAAAUUGGAACAAGAGCAGCACAAGUUUUAGUCGAGCUAGAUCCAGAUGAUCCUGCAGUGUGGUUGCAAGCUUCAAACUUUUACGCCGAGAUAGGAAAAUUUGAUGCCGCAAUGCAAAUAAGAGACGUUGCUCUAGCAAGGAAGAUGUCAAGAGAGAUUGGUUGUAGUUUAAUUGAGAUAAGAAAGUGACACAAGAAAAUAAAGAGUUCCUGAAUUGAUAAA